GUUGUUGUUCGUCUCACUGCGUAGGUACCAAAAUAAACGACGUUAUUUACCAAUGCACUAGCAGAAUUAAGUACUGUUGUUCAUAAAAAUUAGAAAAUUUCUCCUCUCAAAUAUUGUGUGGUAGAAUAUUUCAAUUUCAAGUUAUCGUACCAAAAACUGUUGAAAGAGUUUUACAUCUUUUAAUUUGCUUACAAAGAAUGUCAGAUAUCACGAAAAUAAAAUUUCACGAUGAAGAAACAGAUAAAAAUAUGCUGUUCUUUCGUUCUUAAAUAAAAUAAUAUGAGUUCAACUAAUCUGUACCUCAACAUCAGUAAAGAACAAUGGCCUAUCAUUUAUAGGAAAGAGUACAAUGUAAACUUUAUGGGGCUAGAAAAAUUACACCCCUUUGAUGCACACAAGUGGAAGAAUGUAUACAAGUUUCUAAAUGAAGAAGGUUUAAUUAACGAAAAGACUGUAGUUGUGCCAAACGAAGCAACUAAAGAAGACUUGCUAAUGGUGCAUUCAAAGAGAUAUUUGAAAAAGUUAAAUUGUAGUCUAUACGUAGCUAAAAUAGCAGAAGUAUUCGCCCUUGUCGUAGUGCCAAACUGCCUUGUUCAAAGCGCAUAUCUUAGACCAAUGAGAUUUCAGACUGGUGGAUCUAUUUUAGCUGGAAAGCUAGCUUUAGACAGAGGAUGGGCCAUAAAUAUUGGAGGGGGGUUUCACCAUUGUUGUGCUACAAAAGGAGGCGGAUUUUGCGCCUAUGCCGAUAUUACCCUCUUAGUAAAAUUUCUAUUUUUCCAUUUUCCUAGAAAGGUGCGAAGAGUUUUGAUAGUGGAUUUGGACGCCCAUCAAGGCAAUGGUUAUGAACGAGAUUUUAAAGGCAAAUCUAAUGUGUAUAUUAUGGACGUCUUCAACAAAUGGAUUUAUCCCUGGGAUACUGAAGCUAAGAAGGCCAUAAGAAAGAAGGUCGAACUUGACUUUUUCGUGUCGGAUGAAUCUUAUCUGAAAGUUGUCAAAAGGAACCUAACUGAAGCACUCGCUGAAUUUGAUCCACAAAUAAUGAUUUACAACGCUGGAACUGACAUUUUAAAAGGCGACAAAUUGGGAGGGAUGUCGAUUUCAGAAAAAGGUAUCAUAAAAAGGGACGAAUUGGUAUUUCGCGAAGCAAUCUCAAGGAGCAUUCCGAUAGUAAUGUUAACAAGUGGCGGAUAUUUAAAGAAAACAGCAAAAGUUAUAGCUGAUUCAAUAGUACACCUGUAUAAGGAAGGCCUAAUCCAUGGACCACAAGAGUAUUAUUUUUGACUUAAAAAAAUUAUAGGCAUGGACUGUUAUAUUGUAGAUAUAAAGAUAA